UCUAAUUGGGGGAAGAGAGGAAGAAGGCAGAACGUUCUUCACAGAACUGCGUGUGCAGUCGUGCCCUAUCAUCUGGGAAGAAGAUGACUAAGAGGCACAAAGAGCCAUUGUGCUGAGAGAGCCCCUGAAGCAGAGUAUGGACAUUUGAAUUAGCUUUAGCAGAAGAGAAAUGGAGGAGCCGUAGAAUGUUAAGGAUGAAUUCAGGAAGGCCUGAGACCAUGGAAAACUUGCCUGCACUCUAUACUAUUUUUCAAGGAGAGGUUGCUAUGGUGACAGACUAUGGAGCCUUUAUCAAAAUCCCAGGCUGUCGGAAGCAAGGUCUGGUCCAUCGAACUCACAUGUCAUCCUGCCGUGUGGACAAGCCUUCUGAGAUAGUAGAUGUUGGAGACAAAGUGUGGGUGAAGCUUAUUGGCCGAGAGAUGAAAAAUGAUAGAAUAAAAGUGUCCCUCUCCAUGAAAGUUGUCAACCAAGGAACUGGGAAAGACCUCGAUCCCAACAACGUUAUCAUUGAGCAAGAAGAGAGGCGGAGGCGCUCCUUCCAGGAUUACACUGGGCAGAAGAUCACCCUUGAGGCUGUCCUGAACACUACCUGCAAGAAGUGUGGCUGCAAAGGCCACUUUGCAAAAGACUGUUUCAUGCAGCCAGGUGGAACCAAGUAUUCUCUGAUUCCUGAGGAGGAGGAGGAGAAAGAAGAGGCAAAGGAAGAAGGAAUUGAGAAGCCUGACCCCACAAAGAAUUCUUCCAGAAAAAGAAAGAAGGAAAAGAAGAAAAAGAAACACAGAGACAAGAAGUCAUCUGACUGUGACAGCUCUGACUCUGAGAGUGAUAUGGGCAAGAAGGCAAGGCAUGCAUCAAAAGACAGCAAGGCUACAAAGAAGAAGAAGAAAAAGAAGAAGCACAAGAAGCAUAAGGAAUGAGGGUGGGAUGGGCCAUGGCAGCCCUGGCUCCUGGAAAGACUCAGUAGUGAGAAUAUGGCCUCCUACCCCACCGACUCUGUCCCCGUGGUCUCAGAUAGCUUCUCCUUGAGCAGCAAGAAGCUAGAGGGCAGCUCCCAAAAUGUUUUUUUCCUUAUUGCUUCUCAUCCCUUUGCAAGUGACACCCCCAACCCCCAGCCAUUGCAUUCGUGUACACGAAUUCCUCAUUCAGCAGAAGGUUCUAGUACCUUCCCCAGCUGCCACUGCCAGAGCUAAAUUCCUUUGCAGGGGUCCAGGCUAGAGCCACAAGUGCGGCUGUAGAGGUGGGCCUGGCUGUGGUGGGGGAGCGAAGUGAGCAGCCCCUGCUUGCCUACUGUCUGUGGUCAGUUGUGAGUGGACUCUGCCGCCUCUAAUAGAGGCGGGAGGGAGGAGUGUUGUUCCCGUCUCCAUUCUCUCAUCCUGUGCUCAAAGUGAAGGCUGUGUGCAGAGAACAGUCUUUGCAGUGACUGCUGAACCAGAGAUCUGAAGCCAAGGUCAUUGUUCUGCUUUCUGUCUAUCGCCAUGUGAGUGACUGGUUCCAUUUCAGGUCUCUGCUUAAAUUCCUGGCAUAAACGGAAAUGCGUUUGGUUUUAAA